UACAAAAAUGGCUUUAAACUUCGAUAAAAGAUUUUCUCACCUUUUUAUGGUACACCCUGUGUACCACCCGCACAUGUGUGCGCGCCCGGAUGGUUCGAUAAUGUGUCCGAUGACCGGCGGAUUCAAGGGCCGGCCAAGGUUUAGCUCGCGAAUGCGUUCGCCCACCGGUUAGCUGCGUGAACAGCAAGUUAACAGCGCUAUGGAAUGUUCGAUUCCGGCGCAAGUCCGCAUUCCACAUAUGGGUCGUGCGUGUGUGUAUUGCGUUGUUGUGCGUUGUGUUCCGUGUUGCGCUGUAGCACUAGAUGAUUCCUUUUCCUCUCACGCUUGUUGUAUUGUACUAUCUGUAACAUUAACGCUCAUGGUGUGUGCUCCCUGGCCUGGCUCUGUUGCUGUUGGAAGGAUAUCCCUGUUGGAAUGCUCAUGGGAAUGUCGCUGGUGGUCACUGGAACAACUUCUACCUCGCUUCACUCUUCCUCUCUCUAUCUCUAUCUCUAUCUCACUCUUUCCGUGCCACUUGCCAGCCAGAGAAUCUGAUCUGCAAGCAUAUGAAGAAGUUGGGCAAAAUCAUCAAGCGCAACAUUGGCCAGCAGCAGCACCGUUUGCUGAGUACCACCAUCAGCCACAGUAGUAGCGGUGGUGGUGGUGGCAGCAGCAGUAUCGAGAACGGUUUGUGUAACGGUGUUGGCGGCGUCGGCGGAGGAGAAGGAGGAGGCGCAGGAGCACAUAAGGAAUGGUAUCGCGGAUUGUCGUCGCAGCCCGCAAAAUCCGACACGGAUGAGGACGAUCUGGCCGGAUCAACGCCGUUCUCCAAAUGGGUAAAGCGCGCCCGCCCUCUAUCGUUUAAGCGCAUCAGCCACGAUGGCUCGACGGGCCGGGCACCUUUAAAGUGAUACGGCUGCGAAUGGUGGACACGAAAUCUGUUGAUUUUUUCUUUUUUGUUUUUUAGAUAUAAUAAUUUUGUUUUUCCCUGUCGGGAUUUCAAAACCAGUGCUUCAGCUCCGUUCCCCGUUUCGCUCUGUUCUA